UCUACAUCGUCUAGGCAGUAGCGUAAUUCCCUGGAAUCCAAACCCCACCGCCACCACCACCACCACCACCACCACCACCGCCGAUGGCGUCGAGAUCCGGCGGCGGGAAGUUGUCGUUCGACGUCCUAGGGGGCUCCGAAUGCGACGACGUAUUGGCUUUACUGUCGCGAUCAAACUCCGAUCCUCCUUCCCCAGGAGAAGACGCCGCUGUAUCCCCAGCUCGGAAGAAGAGGAAGAGGAGAAACAGGAAAGCAAAAACCCUACGGAAUUCGUCUGUGGUUUCUGUUACUGAAAUCCGUAAAAGCGAUGUUACGACCAACGGAGAUGUCAGUUACAGUUGCACGACGAGUACAGUUACGGAGACUGCCUUGGCGCCGGAUGUGGACACCGGCGCAGUGUGCUCGGUGAUUCUCCCGCCGCAGUUCGGGGAGUUGAGGCAGAGGAAUGUGGGGAAUGCGAUGAGUGCAGGUAGCAGCGUGGAUGCGGUGAGAGAGGAGAGUGGAAGUAGUAGAAAGGAGGAAAAGGUCAAGGAAGAAAUGGCGGAGAAUCGGAGUUCUGGUAAGGAAAUCGGCUUGGAGUUAAACGGAAGGAAAUUGGAGAAGGAGGGAACCUUGGAUUGGAAGAAACUGAUGGCUGAAGAUCCCAACUACAUGUUACCUGUCGAGAAGUCUCCAGUGAAAUAUUUCUUUGAUGAAUUGAGUGCUGGAAAUUCCUUGAGAAGCACUACCAUCCUUGGAAAUGAUAAGGAGCGAGAACGGAUUUAUGACACUAUAUUCCGCUUGCCAUGGCGAUGUGAAUUGCUUAUUGAUAUUGGAUCCUUUGUGUGCUUUGAUUCAUUUCUUUCACUCUUAACCAUCAUGCCGUCAAGGAUGAUUAUGGCCUUAUGGAGGCUUCUCAAAACAAGGCAGCUGCAGAGCCCUUCCUCAGCAGAGCUGUCUGAUUUUGGUUGCUUUAUCAUCCUGGUUAGUGGAGUCACUCUAUUACAGCAAGCAGAUAUCAGUUUAAUUUAUCACAUGAUUCGUGGGCAAGGAAUUUUGAAACUUUAUGUGGUCUACAAUGUCUUGGAGGUAUUUGAUAAAUUGUGUCAAAGUCUCGGCAGUGAUGUUAUGCAAGCUCUAUUCCAUUCUGCUGAUGGGCUUGCGAACUGUUCACCUGAAAACACACAAUAUUGGUUGUGGAGAUUCAUUGCAGAUGAAGCUCUAGCAAUUGGUUCUUCUAUUCUUCAUUCGUUUAUCUUAUUAGCGCAGGCAAUUACUUUGUCGACAUGUAUAGUUGCUCAUAACAAUGCCCUCUUUGCUAUGCUUGUUUCUAAUAACUUUGCUGAGAUUAAAAGCAAUGUGUUCAAACGAUAUAGCAAGGACAACGUUCAUAAUCUGGUACACAUGGAUUCAAUCGAGCGGUUUCAUAUUUCGGCAUUUCUCGUGUUCGUUUUAGCUCAAAAUAUACUGGAAGCUGAGGGUCCUUGGUUUGUAAGCUUUUUCAGUCAUGCACUGACUGUUUUCAUAUGCGAAAUGAUGAUCGAUAUCAUAAAACACUCAUUCAUCGCCAAAUUCAAUGACAUAAAGCCCACAGCAUUCUCCGAGUUCCUAGAAGAUCUUUGCAAUCAGACAUUAAACACCCAAACAGAGAAUGGGAAACGGAAGCUGACGUUCAUCCCUCUGGCCCCAGCUUGUGUGGUGAUCCGAGUUCUGCAACCAGUUUAUGCAGCACAUCUCCCAACUCACCCCCUUCCAUGGAGGAUCUUUUGGAUCAUGGUGCUGCUUGCAAUGACGAUUGUGAUGCUGGCUAGUCUAAAGAUGAUGAUGGGAAUGGGCCUUAAGAAACAUGCCAACUGGUACGUCAAAAGGUGUCAAACAAGGAAACUCCAUUCCGACUGACUGGGUUCCAUCGACUCUCGCUUUUCCGGGGAUGCAACCAUCGAAUCUCAUACGAGAUGCCAUCAAAGUGAUUGCCGUUGGUUGGUCGGUCGGUGAGGCGGGUUUGCUCUCCUAUUUCUGGAAAAUAUACUAUAUAAUCUUUCCUCAGGUGAACUUGGAUUGGAUGGUUUGGCAUAUAUGAUUGGGGAAGGUGAAAUUUUAAGGAACGUGAAAGGUUUACUCAAAAGGGGGCUGCUGAGAGGUUAAGGUAAGGUCAGGUAAAUUUGUAGAUUUGUUGCUUUCAUAUGUUUAUGUAAAUGCUAUGUCUUCUCCCUAUGAUCAUUGCGACACUUAUUUCGAAUUUUGUCUGCAUAUAUAUAGUGAAUGAACAUUGUUUUGA